GAAGACAAAAUACUGGUCACUUUAUAUUUCCUCCAUUGAAUCCUGCCUAUGUCUUUGUCUAUGGAGCAGUGUUCAGAAUGGAAGCCCCCAUCUGCCUCAUUGAAAAUACAGCAAAUGGAAAGUUUGUGGUGAACCCCAAGGCCAUCGAUAUCCUCUCCAGGUUCAGUCAACCAGCAGUGGUGGUGGCCAUUGUCGGCCUGUAUCGGACAGGGAAGUCCUACCUGAUGAACAAGCUGGCCGGAGCUCAGAAAGGCUUUAACCUGGGAGCCACAAUUCAAGCUGAAACUAAAGGCAUCUGGAUGUGGUGUGUUCCUCACCCCUUAAAAGAGAAUCACACUCUGGUUCUCCUGGACACAGAAGGACUUGGAGAUGUAGAGAAGGGAGAUAGCAAAAAUGACAAGUGGAUAUUCACCCUUGCUGUCCUGCUGAGCAGUACCAUGGUGUAUAACAGCAAAGGAACCAUUGACCAGGAUGCCUUAGACAAAUUAAAAUUUGUUGGGGAAUUCACUGAAUUAAUAAAGGUAAAAUCGAAAGAAAAUGAUAACGAGGAGGCGGAAUUUUCAAGACAUUUCCCCUCUUUUGUUUGGGCCAUCAGAGACUUUCAUCUAAGUCUGGAGAUUGAAGGGAAUAAGGUGUCAGCAGACAAGUACCUGGAGAAUGCCAUAGCAAAUAAAGAAGUUGAAAAGACGAAGAAGGACAAGAAAUAUAACGAUCUCAGAGAGUCCAUCAGGAUGUAUUUUGGAAAUCGAAAAUGCUUUGUUUUUGAUUUUCCCACCAUUGAUAACAAAACUCUUCAGACACUGGAGAACGUCGCAGACGACAAACUCAAUGCCAACUUUGUGACUCAGUGCAAGGAAUUCUGUGACUACAUUUGGGAGAAGGCUGAUACGAAGAUGCUGAAUGAUACAAUCACAGUCACUGGACACAGAUUGGGCGAGCUGGCUAAAAUUUACACCGACGCUGUAAGCAACUCUAAGUUUGCCUGCAUGGAGGAUGCCGUGGUUUCUCUGGCUGAGAAGGAGAACAAGAUGGCCGUCCAGGAAGCAGCACAGCACUUUGAGGACGGGAUGAAGAAAAUUGUGCUGCCCACAAAAACUCUUGAUGAUUUCUUGACUCAGAGCAGUCAGUAUGAAGAGGAAGCUCGGCUGAUAUUCAUGAAAAGGUCCUUCAGAGACAACAAUCAGCAGUUUCUUGAAGAAUAUCUGAAAAACAUACAUAAGAAGAAAGAGGAAUUCAGUGCCAUGAACGAGGAGAAGUCUCGGGAGGUAUGCAGAGCUCUCAUUAAGAAGCUUUCUGCAGACUUUGAGAAAGCAUUGAAAGAGGCAACGUACCAUACUCAGGGAGGACAUGCAAAGUUCAAGGAAGACCUGAAAGCCAUCGAAACGAAGUACAAUGUGGAAAGCGGAAAAGGUGUAAAGGUGGAAGAGGUUCUACAGGAAUUCAUAAAGUCCCAGCAAAGCUCUGAAAUCAUAAUUAUACAAGAGGACAACGCUCUAAAUCAGAAACAGAAGCAAGAGGAAGAGGAAAAUGCAAGAAAAAAAAUUGUGGCGAUGGAAGAAGAGCUGAAAAGGCUGCAGGAGGUUCAGAAAGAACAGAAGGUGGAAGAGGAGAGGGAUAAUAUCCAAAAGACCUUUGACAAGCUCAUGGAGAAGAUGGAGGAGGACAGAAGAAUCAUGAAUGAGAAACUGGAUCAAGUCAUCAGACAGAAGGAGAGGAAUCAACAGCUUUACAUGGACCAGGGACUUCCGCGGCACGCCAACAUGUACCAGGAGCAGAUCAAAGACAUAAAGCAAGAACAAAAAGAGGAAAGUGGACCGGCCUGGUAUGAACCCAUCGUGAGCACUUUCAAGAAGGUCGCUGGUGAACUUUCCACCCUGCUUCACCUCCUGACAGCUUCUCCCUUCCCCGCUGGUAGCCAGCAGCUGGAUCGGCUCUCUGCCGACACAGGUGGAGAAGAGCAGCGGUGA